UUUCGGAUUUUAUUAGGUUUCCGUCACGUUCUUCUAUUCACCAUUCACAAUGGCAGAAGGUAGACAUGCUCUGUUUUCAGAUAAGUUCACCUGCUCGGUGUGUCUGGAUGUGCUGAAUGACCCGGUCACUAUCCCGUGCGGACACAACUACUGCAUGAGCUGCAUUAAGAAAUAUUGGGAUCGGGAAGAAGCAGCGGGGAUUUACAGCUGCCCUCAGUGCAGACGGAAGUUUGUUUUAAAGCCAGAGCUGAACAGAAAUGCCUUGCUGGCUGAAGUUACAGAGCAAUUUAAAGAAAUGACGCCUAAUUUACCACUGUUUAAAUGUUACGCAGGACCCGACGACGUGCCUUGCGACUUCUGUAUUGGGAGGAAACUGCGAGCCAUAAAGACCUGCGUCACCUGCCUUGCCAGCUACUGCGAGACGCACUUCCAGCCUCACUUAGUCUCCGACGCUUUCAUGGCUCACAAGGUGGAGGAGCCGACAGGAAACCUCGAACAGAAACUCUGCUCAAAGCAUCGAAAAGUGCUGGAAAUUUUCUGCAGAACCGAUCAGACCUGCGUCUGUUUGCUGUGUGUAGUGACAGAGCACAAGAACCACGACACAGUGACGCCUGACGUGGAGAGAGUUGAGAAAGAGGGUCAUCUGGAGAUUAAAAAAAUAGAAGUGAAACAGAAAAUUCAUCAAAAACAGAAGAAACUUGAAAAGAUAAACCAAACUGCAGAAAUAAUUAAGAGCACUGCCAAUGCAAAUAUUGAAGAAUAUCAUGAGAUCUUCAAUUCUCUAAUUCAGUCCAUUGAAAGGAUGAGGUCAGAAGUGACUGGGGUUAUUACAGGUCAUGAGCAAAGGGAAGUGAGAAAGGCUGAAGAGUUCAUACAGCAAUUGGAGAAGGAAAUCAAGGAGCUGAAGAGGAAAGAUGCUGAGCUGGAAGAGCUCUCAAAGAUAGAAGACCACAUCCACUUCCUACAGAAGUUCUCACCUCUGUCUCCCUAUCCUGAAGAUAAAAAUGCAUCAGAUAUCGCUGUCAGCAAAGAAUUCCUUCCUGAGAGUCUGAAAAAAGUGCUUAAUGAUUUGAAAAAUCAUUUGAAUGAGACAAGCAACUUUAAUAUUGUGAAAACCAGUGGGACUGGACUUGCAGCUCCACUAUACACCCUUCAGAAUUUAAUGAGCCGAAAAUUCCUUUUAAAAUACUUCUGUCAUCUCACACUGGACCCCAACACGGCACACAGAACCCUCUGCCUGUCUGAAGGAAACAAGAAAGUAUCACGUACGUCAAAGAACUUGCAUGCUGAUCAUCCUGAGAGAUUUGACUGUUGGCUUCAAGUUCUGUGUGGGGAGCUCCUGACUGGGGCCCAAUGUUAUUGGGAGGUGGAGUUGAGUGGUAGCAGCAUGGAGAUUGGGGUCGCAUAUAAAGAAAUUGGCAGGAAAGGUAGGAGUACUGCGUGUUGCCUUGGACGUAAUAACAAGUCCUGGAGUUUAUGGUGUUCUAAUUCACGUUGCUCAGUGUGGCAUGAUAACAGGGAGGUGAAAAUCAGUGCUCCCUGCAGUGCCACAGUUGGUGUAUAUGUAGACUAUUGCAGUGGCACUUUAUCCUUUUAUAGUGUCUUGGAUUCAGUGACUCUUCUGCAUAAGUUUAAUGCCAACUUUUCUCAACCACUCUGUGCCGGGUUUCAGUUUUGUGGAAAUUCUCCUUCAAGUAUAACAAUCUGCCAGGUGCACAAAUCUGUCCACUACCUACGCUCCUAUCCAUAAAAUUUCACUGUUAUUCAUGUUUUCCUGUUAUGAGAUUAUUAGAAUUAUAAGUUAUUAUUUGCUCAAAAACUAGGCCAAGUAUUGAAUUUAUACACUUAAAAGAAUUUCUCAGUGUGAUAAAACAAAAUUUUGCCAACUAAACUGUAACCACAAGACUGAAAUGUGGCUUUUGUAGGUCACCUGUCCAUCAGCACACAAAAUGCAGUUUGGAUCUGAUAACUUCCCAUCAAUGGGCACCCAAAUAUAAUAUGUAAUGUUCAUUUUUUUCACAUUGUGUUUAGAUCCACCAGUCAGCCAAAAAAUCUACAAACUCUAGUUAACAUGCUAUACCUCCCAGUACAGCAUGUACACUUACAGAAAUAAAUAAACAACUCGUGUCCUUUAUUUUGUUACUUUCUUCCUUUAGUUUUAAAAAUAUUUAACUUCAUGUAAAUCAUGGUGUGUACUGUUUGUAUGCCUGGUCAUCUAGUAUAGUCAUUAGAUUUUGGUAUGGAGUCUACAUGCUCUCAUUUUUACAAUGAACAUUUAAUUUCUUUAUGCAGUCAAAGAUGCAACCUGUUCUUAGCCCGUUCAUGUGCUCUGUGUGGCCAGCAAUUGAUUGCCAGAUAACGCAAGGUGUAUAAGCUGCCCUGCCCCAGAGGAUCCAUUUUCUGACCACGGAAGACAAUUAACAAGAACAGGUUUCCCUGUACAACCCAAAGACUCUAAAGUUAGGUUGACUGAUAACUCAAAACUGGCCCUGUGCUCUGUGAUGGACAGGUGUGUUACUUAAGCUAUUUUCUUGUCUCAUACUUAAUAUUACUAAGAUAGGCUGGAGCACCCCAUGACCAAGAAAUUGCAAAAACCUUUUCUAAAAGGGUGAUGGAUGGAUUGAGAAUCUUACAGUAGAGUAGUGAAUUGGGAUGCUUCAUUGCAUACUGGUGGGAUGCUAAAGUGAUGAAUGUCCUACUGAAAUCUGACACCUCUGCUAAUCCCUCCUUCGAUUCUGUUGACCAUCAUGAAAUCCCCCAUAAAACAGAGUCAGACAGUGCAAAGUAGUGGCUUCAGGAACCAGCUUUACAUCUCAGGCGUGCUAACUCAACACUAUUACUCUCACUGUCUGAUCAUUAUCAAAUCGCUAAGUCUACCAGUGCUCUCGUUGUAACAAUUUGACAAGUACACAUUUUUGAUUUCUAAACACAAAUCUGUCAGUUACAUUGAUUAGCUAAAUGUAAACAUUUUUAAGUCUCCAUUUAACUCUUGUUCAUUAUCUCAAGAAUACAUUGACAAAGAGCAAGAUUUUUUCCAAAUCGCUAUCUUGAUGAUCACUGUUAAUUGCUGUAAUAAACAUAUUUUAUACUUAUGAGAUAGUAAACAUUUUUGUUUAGAUGAAAAAAUGGAAAACUAAUAACAUUCUCUUAAUGGUUUAAAUAAGAGACAUUAGUAACAUAAUCCUUCCUGUGUGUUAAUUAGUUAAAUAAAUGCUGAGUAUCUGAUUCUUUCUUUCUUUCUGGAUCACAUAAUAAAAUAUAAUGAUAUCGGACUGCGGUGGGUUGGCACCCUGCCCGGGAUUGUUUCCUGCCUUGUGCCCUGUGUUGGCUGGGUUUGGCUCCAGCAGACCCCCGUGACCCUGUGUUUGGAUUCAGCGGGUUGGAGAAUGGAUGGAUGGAUGAUAUCAGACUUCAAUAAUGCUGAGUUUACUACUGGAGUUGAACUGGACUGGUUUUGGUCCUUCAUGCUGACAGAAUCCACAAAGAUGCUGAGUUUUGUAAAGCCAUAACAGUUACUGUUAUAUUUUAGUCAGAGUUCCUCCACUGGCUGGGAUUCAGUCCUUUGUUUAAUGUCCUUUUCAUUAAUUUUUGUGUCAUUUAUUUAUGUUAAUGUUACUUUUGUUAAUUCUAUACUUUAUUUUCUAUUCCUAUGUCAUUUGCCUUGUGUCUUGUGUGUGGUUCCCCAAGAGGCGGGAUCACCUGCCCAUCACUGCCUGGGUCCACAGUUCUUGGCACUUCGUUGUUAAAUGUGGUCUGGAGUGAAUUAAUUCUUUUGCCUUUUGCUGUGCUUUGUGCUUUUUGUGAUUUUAUUGAUUUUUGACAUUCUGCUGAGUUUUUUUUACUUUGCCCCUGCAAAUAUUUGUUACUCUGUUAUAUGAUGUAUAGGUGACAAAGCCAAUGAUUUUGAAUCAAAACUC